GUAGAAUUCCCAUUCAAAUCGCGACGGCUGAAGAGCUGAGGGGCAGCGGCGGAGGGGUAUUAGAGCAUGGCAUCAGCAUGGGCAGAAUGCUGGGGUAGGUGAGCAGGGAGAGCGCAAGGAUGCCCUGGCUAAGUGCCCGCCGCGGGGGUUGGUAGUAGGGGAAAGCGCUGGUUAUUUCCCGGGGAGGAUGCCGGCCAGGAACAGGUACAACCUGGUGGAUGACGGAUGUGAUUCCCGGGUGCCGCUGCACAAUGAAGAUGCCUUCCAGCAUGGUAUUCACUUCCAGGCAAAGUACAUCGGUAGCCUGGAUGUGCCAAGACCUAACAGCCGAGUGGAAAUCGUGGCCGCGAUGAGAAGGAUUAGGUAUGAAUUUAAAGCCAAGAACAUAAAGAAGAAGAAAGUGAGUAUCACGGUGUCGGUGGAUGGAGUCAAGGUGGUGAUGAGGAAGAAACAGAAGAGAAAGGAAUGGACAUGGGACGAGAGCAAAAUGCUGAUGAUGCACGAUCCUGUGUACAGAAUAUUCUAUGUAUCUCACGACUCUCAAGACUUAAAAAUAUUCAGUUACAUCGCACGAGACGGAGCCAGCAACACUUUUAAGUGCAACGUCUUUAAGUCAAAGAAAAAGAGCCAGGCGAUGCAGAUUGUGCGGACAGUUGGACAAGCCUUUGAAGUGUGUCACAAAAUGAGCCUGCAACAUGCCCAACAGAAUGCAGAUGGGCAGGCGGACGGUGCCAGUGACAAAUCCCAAGAAGAAGCCAUUUUGGAAGCACGCCAGUUGACAGGAGAAGAGAAUAAAGACCCUGAAGAAGACGAUGCUGAUCUCAAGAGGGUCGUCCUCCGAGAUGAGAGGAACAUCAAACGAGACUCCACAAUAUCUGAUUUAGGGGUCCUGCAGUCUGUGCGAGCAUUAGUGGAACAUGGUAGUCAGGACAUAGAGAAGUGUUCCAACCAUUCUCCUGCAUCCCACCAGGCUCAGACUCCAGAUUCGUCCUGCUCUAUCUCUGUCCUGACGCCACUCGCUUCCCAACAUCGCUUGCAACUCCUGCAACAUCAGCUUCUACAGCAACAGCAGCAAACUCAAGUCGCUGUAGCCCAGGUGCAACUGCUCAAAGACCAGCUGGCCGCAGAAACAGCAGCACGCAUUGAAUCGCAGGCCCGCGUCCGGCAGCUGCUGCUGACCAAUAGAGACCUGUUACAGCAUAUCUCUCUCCUUGUGCGACUGCUGAAGGAGCUGGAGCUGAGAUCUGACACCAAGCAGCCAGGGGACAGAAGAUCAUUACACAACCUGGCGAUUGCGCAGUCCCUUUCGCUAAACCUAAAGAACCUAUACAACCUGGAGAUCAACCUUCCGUGCACCUCCACGCCUGCUAGUCUUCAGAAUAAUCCUGGCAUGGUGCAAGCCUUGAAUGGCAACAACAUUGGGGAGUCGUACCUGAACCUGCUGAACCUGGAUCUUCCACACGCAGCCUCUGAGGAAGGCACCGGGGUCUCCUGCAGAAAGGUGGAAGGGUCGGAGGUCAUUGAGGUGAUAGACGAUCACACUGAGGGUCUCAAAGCCAGGGAUGGAAGGGCAGGAUCAGACGAGGCAAAGAUCCUACAGUCUAUUCCCAAGCUGAUCCCACCUCCUCCCGUCACUAAAAAGAGGUCCAGUAAGAUCUUUUCUGGCCAAAUACCAGAAUUUGCUUCUAGUGAGAGCAUCACGCUGACGACCCCAACUAUGGUUAACCUGACCAGCUUUACCACCAUCACCUCAUGUUCCAUUACACCAUCCGAGUUCACCACCGAGGACACCAGUCCGUCCUUUAAAAAUACCCACUUUCCGUGCUUUGAGAACCCUGAGCUUUCUCCCAUCAAGGAGGCAUCGAGUUUAUCCUUCCACCGAGAAGCGGUGGAUGAGAACGGAACAUUUCACUCGAUCACCAGCAGCUAUGAUAACUUGGAGGACACCCCGACCAUCUCGCCUGAUGACCAAGUCUUUAAUGGUUCCGCCAAGCAGUUUGCCAUCGAGAGCACAUUGCCGUUCUCCACCGCUCACGACACCUGUCUGCACAUCAGUUUUUCUGAAGACGAUUUCCCAGAAGUCGAGUCCGAUGUGUCCGUCCAAAAACAAUGGCGCCUAAUCAAAAAUGGGAACUGAAAUGCUGGCUUUGUUCUGGAGAGCGGCUGGUGGAAAAACAACAUCAUCAACUGGGAUUUAUUCAAAGCUGCCUCCAUCUGCAUCAUUCAAGAACUUUCCAAAGUUGCCUCCAUCUGCAACACGGUCAACGUUAAAGACAACUGAAUAACUAUUGAGACUUAAUUUCUUGGGCACAAACCUUUCACUUGGGAAGCAAAGGGGCUGCUUGUGAUAUGAUCCAUGCAACUAACAGGUGGUGCUGUUCUAUGGGUAGAUAUUAUGGGUAAUUACCCCAAUGUCUAGUUUCAAAAGUUUAACAUGGGCCAUUUUUUACCAAUAUUGGGUUCCUUGGAUGGAUUGUAAAUUGUCCAAUUUCUAUAUGGGUCCAAUGCCAAUGAGCAAGUUUUCUCUAGUGCCAUUUGGAACCAAUUAAACUGAAGAUUACUGAAAAUAUUACUUGAAAUAUGGAAUUUCCCCCCUCCCCCCCAUAAAACUGUGAAAUGUAAAUUAUUGAUUUGUUGGAGGUGCCGCCGAUUUACAAACUUUUCCCGAAGGACACCAACCCCAUAUGGCACACCCCCUUAUACUUCAGCUGCACAAUUUAGGUCAUCCCCAAAUCUAAUAUGGAUAUGCCCAGUCUGAAUUGUCACUAUUGGGAGGACUGGUACCCUUUGUCAAUGGAUGUGCCUUGUACAGACUGACCACAAGGAACCUGUUCUAUAACUAAAGACCCCGCUGUGGAGCUUCUGCCUCAUCUACCAUUUCAUGUAUCAGAGUCAGCACCACAAUGUACCUCUGUAGCCAUCAACAUGAAACAUGUAUAUUGGGUUCCCUGUAUGGCCCAGACAGAUAUAGCUGCUCCUCAUUGGUUACUGGAAGAUAUGGCGCCUGUGUAACAGAAUGGCUACAAUACAAUAGAGUAGUUUGCCGUUAAAGUGCAAUAUAAGGAACAAUUUCACCUCUUAUAGAGAGAGAAAGUUUAAUAUGAGAUGUAGAAGAUGCAUAGGUUUAUUUUUUAACAAUGAUUAUGCUUAAUCUUUAGAUUUGUAUUGAUAUUUUUAAACUUGCUUUUUGGUUUUAUGUCCCCCCCCCCCGUAAGACAAUAAUGGUAAUGAGUAGUGAGUACAAGGAAAAUGGAUCCCCCCGAAAUGCUAAACAGCACCAAGUGCAGGAAUAGAAAUCUUAAGUAGGUUUCAAUGUAUGGAAGCAGUGCUGUCCAAAAUAUAAUAUGAUUAUGGGCAGCUGGUGGGACUUUAGCUCUUCAGGGAUUCCCAUUAUCCCUGGGUCUAUUAUGUGAAAUAUUAGGGACGUAAAGCCUGAGUAAUAACUGGGACUGGGCCUCCUUACUAAACCACACUAGUGGGGGACCCUCCCCAGGCUUUUUUUUACCUGUGAGACACAUUCAAAUAUAAGAAGAUCUGGAGAGCAACACAAGCAUGCAUAAAGUUCCUGUUGGUGCCAAAUAAAGACUGGGAUUGGCUAUUAGUAGCCCCUAUGUGGACUGGCAGCCUACAGGAAGCUGUGUGACAAUACACCUGGUUUUAUACCACCAAAACGAGCCUCCAAGCCUGGAAUUUAAAAGUAAGUGUCUGCUUUGAGGCCACUGGGAGCAACAUCCAAGGGGUGAUGAUCAACAUGUUGCUCCAGAGCCACUGGUAGGGGAUCACUGCUCUGAGGGUAGUUACUGUACCUUGUUCUGAAAAGCAGAGAAGCCCCAUGGGGUUGGCGGGCACGGCUUCACCUCUUUUAUGCAAUUGCAUGCACAAGCUAGGUCCAGUUGGCAUCACCUGUGCAUGCUUCCGACAGAAGAUUGCAGAGAAGAGGACCUUCAACUCCACCAAACCCAAAGUGAUGCUUUUAAUAACAAUUAAGAGCAAAAGUUUAUAUUAAGGGUUCCUCUGUAGUUUGGAUUCAGGAGGGGGGAGAGUAGGCUCUGAAGGGGGUCCUGGUUAUUAGACAGGCUUUAGUUAUCCUUUAAUUGUAUACCCCUUUGGCAUUCUUUAUCUCCAGGACAUGAGAUUGUCCAGAAAGUGCUUGCACUGAUUGGUUGGAAUUCUAUAUGUUAGGCAACUUCAAUGGCUGUUAGUCAAUCGGUCAGAUACUCAUCGGGCAGGUUUGAAUUCACCUGCUCUUGUGGACCGUGUCGGCUAGUUCAUGCAUUCCUACAACCCGUUGUCAUCGUUCUAAUCAAAUCGUUUGGAUUAACCCAAUAUUGCCCUGCCGCUGGUGGGCAUAUCAGGGAAAGAUCUUCUGUGGCCACCUUUAGGGUCAUGGCAGAUUGGUGGAAUUGCCCCCCAUGUUAAUUUCUAUAUCAGUCACUUAGGCAUCAGGUGCAGCAGGGCAUAUUAGGAUCUAUAGGGACCUAUAGAAUGGAUUCAGAAGACAACAGAAUGUGAAGGGAAUGUUGUGUUUGGGGGUUGAAGUUUCACAGAGAAUGUGGAUGAAGGGAAUUGGUAAGUGACGGAGAUGAGUGGGAUGAGGUAGUUGAUACAAGAAGGAGGUGGUACAGGGUUCCUCAGCUCUGGACGGGGAGGAUGGGUAUUCCUAUGGGUAUUUGCCCCACCCCAAGCCUAGUCAAAAGGUGGGGUGUAGCUGAUUUACCCUAUAGAAUGGGAUCAUAACAGGAUAAGUGGCCUCUAUGGCUGCAGUUGUGAAGUGCCGCACUAGGGGAGGAUGGGAAGAUGGAGUUAAAUGUGAUAGAGAAGGUUCCAUGAGACAUAGGAGAAGGUUGGAGGGAUGGAAUAGAGACUCAGAGCCGUUUAUGAAUAUGUUGCUGCAUUUAAGAAGCACUAAGAUUUGCCUUGUGUCCCCCAACCCCAACCUUAUAUUUAUUCUCCCCAACACUUAGACCAGGAGUGUCAUUCCAAAAUAGCUGGACUGAGCCCGGGGGAUUCUGGGAAAUCAGAAAGGCCACAGCUUAUGUAUGGCUCCUAUAGAUAUUUUGUAGCGAGUGUCAAUUUAACGCCUAUUAAUGUGAAUCUCAAUUAUGUGUUUAGUCCACUACUGAAGAACAUGUCUAUAUUGCACAGGAACUGGUUUUCUAAUGAAAUAAAAAAAAUCUAUAUUCUAAAUUGUAA